AUGAACAACAGGGCCCGGCGGACACUGGUUGUGGGGAGAGUGAAAUACUUCGGCCAGCACCGCGGGGAGGUCAACUCCUCUGCCUUCUCCCCCAACUGCCAGACACUACUCACAGCCUCAGAUGAUGGCUGUGUGUAUGGCUGGGAGACCCAGAGCAGACAGCUGCUGUGGAGGCUGGGUGGACACACAGGCCCUGUGAAGUUCUGCCGCUUCUCCCCUGAUGGCCGCCUCUUUGCCAGCUCCUCCUGUGACUGCACGAUCCGCCUAUGGGAUGUGGCAAGAGCCAAAUGUCUGCAGAUCCUGAAGGGUCACCAAAGGAGUGUAGAGACAGUCAGCUUCAGUCCUGACUCGAGGCAGCUGGCAUCAGGUGGCUGGGACAAGAGGGUGAUGCUCUGGGAUGUGCAGUCAGGUCAGAUGUUGCGCCUCUUACUUGGGCACCGUGAUUCUGUCCAGAGCAGUGACUUCUCUCCAAGUGCUGACUGUCUGGCCACUGGUUCCUGGGACUCCACCAUGCGUAUCUGGGACCUUCGGGCUGGAAGCCAAGAGGCCUUCCUCCAGAGACUGGAGGGCCACAGUGGUAACAUCAGCUGUGUGUGCUACUCAGCAUCUGGCCUCCUGGCAUCUGGCUCCUGGGACAAGACCAUCUGCAUCUGGAAGCCACAGACAGCCAGCCUGCUUGUCCAACUUAAGGGCCAUGCCACCUGGGUGAAGAGCAUAGCUUUCUCCCCAGAUGAGUUGUGGCUGGUCAGUGCUGGCUAUUCCCACCAGGUCAAAGUUUGGGACUGCACGACAGGGACGUGCACAGAGACCCUAAAGGGAAGCCUGGAUGUGGCCCACGCAUGUGCCUUCACCCCAGAUGGAAAACUCUUAGUGUCUGGAGCUGCUGAUCCCAAACACUGA